GUGCUGUACGUGAAAAAUCUGAGUCGCAGCGCCACAGUGAAGGACCUUCUGCCCUUGUUCUCCCGCUUCCAAGAGAAGGAUGCCACCCCCCUUCGUCUGCGCCUGCUGAGCGGGCGCAUGAAAGGCCAGGCCUUCCUCACCUUUCCCACCGUGUCCCAGGCCCAGGAAGCCUUGGAGCUGCUCAACGGGUUCCUCCUGCGAGGGAAGCCGCUCAUCCUCGAGUUUGGCCGGAGCGGGAAGCCGGCUUCCGCCCUGGGCCCUGGAACCGACUCUGCACUCCGGGAGAACGGCGGACAGUCGGACAAAUCCUACAGCGUUGGGGUAGCUUGACGGCUUUGCCUGCAGGCAGAGAAGACUAUUGCGGCUGGGGCGCCUGUGAGCCCUUUGUCUUCUACCUACAGAGGGAGCAGACUGCACGCAGGGAGCGGGGAAUAAAAGUGGCCGAGCUGCAGGAGUCGUUUUGUUAAGCCAGCAUUGGAGGA